AUGUCCGAUAAUGAUUCAGAUAGAAGAGGUGAAUUUGUGACAAUGACAUGCGAAAGAAGUGGAAAAUAUGGACCUUAUCUUCGAAAUUUUAAACGAGAUGACACUGGUUCAAGAAAAUGUGAGUGUCCCUUUAAGUUGCGUUGUUAUAUGUUGGUAAAUAAGAAAUGGAGAUUUAAUGUCAUAUGUGGUUUACAUAACCAUAACUUGUGUGAAAAGUUAUCCUAUCGUCCAAUUGCAUGCCGUCUCAUGCCGGAAGAGAAGGAAUGCGUUUCAGACAUUGUUCAACUGAAAAACAUACUUGCAACUUUGAGACGUAAAAGACCCGGAAAUAUCUCAAAUAUCAAGCAAGUGUAUCAUAUAACAAGAAAUGUGAGAAGUCGGGUUAAACCCGCGGUAGGAACGAAACAUAUAAAGGCCGAAGAUGGAAAAAGGGUGAAGGCGAGUGUGAUAGUGGAAAAAAUAAUGGAUGCAUGGAAUGUUAUAGUAAAUUCUUCUACUAAAGAGUUAUAUGUCGAUUCCGUUAUACAUUUCAGGAAGGUGUGCAAGAAAUAUCCAGAUUUGUUGAAAUAUGUUUAA